UGCCUGGCACAGGAGCGGAGGAAGUAGCACGGGCUAUGGUGAGCCCGUAACUUGCCUGGCACAGGAGCGGAGGAAGUAGCACGGGCUAUGGUCAGCCCGUAGUGGACUUACCUGGCAUAGGAGCGGUGUUCCCCUGGAGUGAGACAGUAAUGUGUUUGUAAUUGACAAAUGAAUACGGAUAAUAAUAUAUUGAGGUGUUAAACGUUGACAAAAGUUCCCGAAAUGUUUGGCAGCAGCUCCCAAGUGGACCUUCACCAAGACAGAUGGUAGAAUGUCAUCUGUAAGAGGCGGCAACCCACCUGAUAUCUCUACUGCUGCUGCUGCUGAUUCUCCUGCUUCCUUAGUUAUCAUUCCUUAUCCUCCUCCUCCUCCUCGUCGUAAGUUUUCCCACGAGAAUUACACAAGAAGGAAAGGGUCUUCAGAAACUUUAAGAUCCAUCGUUUUAUUUGGGAUGGAGACGGCGCAAGAUUCCCCGCCACAUGAUGGACUUGUGUCUUCCAUGUCUCCACCUGAUUCACAACCUUACACUUGCCCUCCUGAUCUUCCUCCUGAGUUUUGUCCUUCGCCCUCAUCUCCUCCUCCUCCGCCACCUCCUCCUUCUUAUCUGUUUCCUGAACUAUCUUCAGAAGAUCUUCCAUCACCUCCACCUCCUUCCCAAAUGUUCCUGGAUGUGUCACUCCCGCCGCCUCCAUUAUACAUUCAGUCUUAUGAUCCACCCUCGCCUGAAAUAAAGUCUGAAUAUGACCCACCACUUCCACGUGGAUUUUCUUCACAGUCUGAACACCCAAAGUCUAAUUGGUCUUUACCACCUCCUCCUCGGCCUUCGCCUCCCCCUCCUCCUACUCCACCAGUCCGUCAGGCAUCUAGAGAAAAUUUGGCUGUCCUUCCACAUUCUCCAGUUGUUGAGAAGUCAAGUGUGCGAGAAUCGAGUGAGUACAAAACACCUGAAGACUCCAAGACUCCACAGUCGUCAAAUGAAACUGCUGAUGACUUCCACAAACACAUUAUGGAGCGACCACCUUCAAGCAUAAUAUCUUCCUCAACACUUACAGCAACUUUUCUUCAGACGCCAGAAUCUGGAAUGUCUCCCCUGCCGCCACAUGCUCUCAGAAUCUCCCCUGUUUCCACCGAUGCCAUCACUCCGUCGUCACAGAUAACCGACACUGAUUUCACCUUGACACCUACAUUCAGUGACCUCACCUCUACUCCAAAUUUUUAUGACAACAAGGAUUCAACCCUUGACAUGGACACUCCUGAGGUCACGCCACAGCUCUCAGAAACGCCAGGAACCUCUCCUGAUAGUCCAACAGCAGUUUCAAUCUCUCCUGUACCUAGAAAAUUUGACCCUGACAAAACAUUACUUUUGCCUCCAUAUUUCUCAUCUCCAACGACUUCGGAAAUAUCGGACGCAGCACAUUCAACAAUGAGUAAGUUAAGCCCAUCUAAAUUUGACAGUGAGUCAGAGUCUGAGAAAAACAGCAGUGCUUUUAGUGAAAGUUCAGACUUUGGGACUCUGGUUGGCCCCAAUACAACUACCACUUCUACUGCCGGACAAGCGCAGAUUUUGUCUCCAGUUUCCACUGAACUUCCAUCUCUCUUCUCUCUUCCAACUGAUAGCGAUACAAUAUCUGCAGACUUCGACUCCUUUGCUGCUGAUACUCUGUCGCCAUCAGCCGAGUUUGAUCCCUUUGCAGCUGAUGUGGAAACCUCAAGUGUUGAUACUCUUGUAACAGGUGGAACAGUGGAUGUCCAGAUGACUUCAUCCUCGCCAGGGUUCUCAGAUACAGCUUAUGCCACUGCCGACAGUGCUCUCGGAUCAGCCACAAUGUCUCCAGCUUUCACUGAUUCUUGCACCAUUACCCCAUUACCCACUGACUAUUUCACACCCAUUUCUACAAAUGCCACUACAACACCUAAUCCCUCGCCUAUUACUACUGAAGCUCUGAGUCCAAUACCAUCCUCGCCUUUACCUUACUUUGAUGCCUAUCAUCCUGCUGAACACACACUGUCAAUAACAUCAUCCCAAGAUCACUUGCUUCACUGUGAAGCCACCGGUAUAGAGAGACUAGUCAGAUGCCAAGCCUCAGAGACUAGUGUAGGAGAGAGCUCAACACACAGUUUACAAGCAAUGUCAUCUUACCCUCUAACUGGGUCCGUCGCCCCCAAGCACAAACCAUUGUGUAAAUCUCAAUUCCCAAUAAAUGCACAGGAUUCCGAGGCUGAUAAAUAUCCCGCACUAGAUAAUAAACUUGAGAUGAGGAACGUUAAGCAGGAGUUGCAUAGAGAAGUACAAGAUUAUGAGGAGAAUGGGGGAAUUAAAGAAGCAGAAGAGGAACCAUCCAGGCACCAGACUAUGGAAAGCACCCAAAGUGAUGCAGAAAAUGAACGGUUUCAUGAAUCUGAAUCAGAAAUAAAAAAUAAAAGCCUAAUCGUGACAACUUCAUUUACAACUAAUGAUAAGGAAACCCUAGAAAUGAGCAGAAUAUGUGAAGUUCAAUUUAGUGGAGUUAGAAUGAGUGACGCAAUUCAGCAAAACAUGAAAAGCGAAGCAGCGGAACAUUUUGCCGAGGAUAUGAGCCAAGACUCGACCAAGGUGGACCAAGAUGUCCACCAAGCUCCUCUACCACCAUCGGCACAACCGGAGAUCAACAAAGGUAAAAGAUAUGAUGAAUUCCAUGAAGAGGUUCAUGAAAUUUAUGAAAUAAUGGAAGAUGUUAAUGGUAAUAUAAAUUAUGUACUGGAAGAUAAGCAAAAAGACCAAGAAAUCACUCGUGAAACAAUGAACUUAUUAGCUAAAGACACGAAGGAUAAGAAUCAAGAGCUUUUGCAGGACAUUUCAGGAGAAAAAGAAAAUAUAACAUCAAAAGAAUCUGCUGAAGUACUGAGCGUUACAAAAGACACUAACGAAAGAACAGAAUGCAGAUCUGAAGAAAGAGAUAAUGAACUACAAAAUAAAAAUGGAUUUACAUCAACAAAAGUCAAAAUUCCCAAGGCUAGUUCACUUCCCGUGUUAGCGAGUCCAUCAGGCACUCCAACAAAGUCUCUAGCUCCGGGAGAAUGGGUGCAAUCUUCGCUACCAUCUUCCCCAACUCCAAGAACUGCCAAUUCCUGUAAUUUUUAUGCAUUUCCUUGGGCUAGUUCUCCAUUAAAUUUAAAAUCAAUGCCAUUCUCUUCGCCAACUGUUCCCCAGGAGAACGUCCGUGCAGGGGUGACUAUGCCUUCCAGGAGACUUUCUCCAUCUAUAACACCUCAUAGUCUAGUAAAUGUUGGCGUAGUCACUCCUAGGAGAAGGCAAAAGACCGUCUCGCUUUCUGCAUCGCCUGAAGAAUCCUUGCAGCUCUUGGAUGCAGUAGUUGUGGAUUUAGAAAACAUCUCAGCUGGCAUCCCAUCUUCAUGUCCAAAGCAAAUGAUUUCUAAUACAGCUGCUCACAGCAAACUUAACGAUGAAGAGAGAGUUCCUCGUACUGCAAGCAUGUCUUUACAAGAAGAAAAGACUUCUUGCUUAAAUUCCAAUACCAGAUCGACGUCCAUAUCCAAAAAUUUAACACAAGAAGCUGCCUAUAAUUUGCAUACAGAAGCAGGUACGAUAUCAGAAUCCUGUACACAGCAUCAAGCCAGUUCAUCAAGCAGUGAAACAGAGGCUGAUGCUGCGAUUGUCAGACAUGCAACGACUAUAGGCACCAGCAACAUCACCCCGCAUGAUUCAUGUGAUGGAGACCACAUACAAGAUGCUAGGGAACAUCAAAUGUGUGUGUCAUCGGUAAAUAUAUGUUUGGUGGCUGCCCAACCUCAGAACAAACAUGAUACACCUCAGCCUCCACUUGUAACCCAAUCUCAGGAUGAUAUUCAUCCUGUUGAAGUAUUGGAUACAUAUUCAGAAUUGUGUACACAACCCCACGUCACAUCUUCAGUUGUUAACAGCAUAUCUUUCAGUAGUGCACUUAAUGUUUGUAAUCUUAAUAUGUCUAGUGCAUGUAGUGAUGUAAAUGUUUCGUCUCUCUCAUCAGAGAAUGUUGAUAACUUAGCAGCUUCCACUAAUACUGAUUCUAAAGGAGAACUUCAUGAAGAAAAUCCAUUAAGUGAACAUUUCACAAAGGAUGGAACAGUGCAGAAUGCUGAAGUUGAUAUACCUUCAUUUCAUGAUAAAAAUAUGUUAGUUAAAAAUAGUACCGGAAACAAUUGUGUGGUUUUAGACACUGGGAAUCAUGUUAAUGAACCUUUUUCUCACAUUCAAUCAUCCUUGUUAAGAGGUCAUUCUGAAAACACUCCUGAUAGUCAUCUUGACAGUGAAAAUAGUACUUUAGGAACUCACUCCAUCAUUGAUGAUACGAAACCUAAAAUAACCAGUGAUUCCCUUCCCUCACAGUCUUCUUCUUGUUCCUCAUUUGGCAGCAUGGUGGAAGGUGUUUCCUCACCUUGGCCAGCCUCAUGCGCCAAGUCUGCCCCUCAACCUCCUCCCAGGUCUUGUAUCAACACUCCCAGACAAGCUGCGGGAGCUCCUCUACCUCCUCCAAGGCAAUACAUGCUUGUUCCGAUAAACCAUCAUCAUCAUGGCACACAAAGAAGAUUUAGCCCUCCACCUGCUCCGCCUCGAUCCACAUCUAUUCGGAAAUCUCCCCCACCGCCACCACCUCCGAGAUCUGUUAUCCACACGCCAUCGGAGACAAGUGAAUGGGUUGAUUUCCCUCCACUCCCCCCACCUCCUUCUUCAUGCAUCAUUACCCCAACUACUCCUCCACCAAAGCUGACUCCUGUUCCAGAAGAAUCCUCAUCUCCAACCACGCCUCCUUCAACACGACCAUCACCUAGGAACUCGCAGACAGGAUCUACUCCCAAGAUGGGUGAAGAACGAACAACUGGAUCUUUAUCAUGCAACACUCCGUCACAAACUGUUUCCACAGUAACAGUAAAUACAUCUUUAAAACAAAAUGAUAGAAAUAAAGAUGAUCCUCCAGAUGUUCCACCACCUCCAAUAGAAGAUUAUGAAGACUUGCCACCAAUACUGCCUCCUCCUCCUCUAGAAGAAUCUGAAGUCGAAUCUGUGCUUCCACUUCCUCCUCUGCCCAAUGUUUUUGUAUGCCAACCUCCACGGCCGCCCCCACCACCUAGAGUUAUGCCUCCACCUCCACCACUUCCUCCGCCUCCUAAUGUGUGCUUCUUUUCUCCCGACCCUUCUGUAAGACCUCUGGUAUCUUCUGAUCGCGAUGCUUUAUCCUCUAGUCCUUGCAGUAUUCCUCCUCCUUCUUCAGAGUCUGAAACUACAACCUCCAUGUUUCCGCCAACUUCAACAGCACCACCUACAUCAGACGUGCCUGAAGCUCCUCCAUUACCAAUGCCUGGUCUUAAUCUUUCAGCAGCUUCACCAUCGAUGCCCGUUUUGCCACAUUCACUCACAUCCGAAACCAAAGCCUUAGCAUCUUCGGCGCCACCCAAAUCUCCAAUUUCAUUUGCCUCCUUGCCUCCAAGAGCACAUUCUCCUACAUGUGGUAUACCUGGGGCUCCGAAGUCACCUCUAAUAACAACAUCGCCCUACGGUAAAAUAGUCAUUAUUCGUUCAGAUCUGCCAUUGCCAUCACCAGAAGAAGAAAUAAGAUUGACGUUUGCAAAUGUAAAGGACUGGGGGAUAUUGGAUGAGGAUGUUGAGACGCUCUCCCUGUACACACAGUUACGCCCAGUCAUUCAACAGGGACCACAAUGUGGUAUAGUAGCUCUAAGCAUGGCUUCACAAGUUUUUCCGGAAACAGUUGAAGUUGUGGAGUUGCUUGAAGCUGCUAAGAAACUGGGUUACUCGUGCCAUGGAGAGAUGUUCAGCUGUGAUGCCAUGGCCAAGCUUGCUGGAGGUAUUAAUGGUAUGGAGGCUACAGUGCGAAGAGAUGUCUUGUGCAACCCCAGAAAUAUACUCGAACUUCUGAUGCAGGGAGACUUGAUCCUUGUGCCCUAUGAUGCAGAACGCAAUCAUAUGCCAGGGCUACGAAAUGGCUACAAGGCUCACUGGGGCGUCGUAUGUGGUUGUCUAGUCCAAUGUCAGUCCCUAAAUAUGUAUAUGGGAGGGUCAUCCAAGAUAGAUAAUAAUGUUGAUCAUUUAUGGCAUCUGCGUCCAAGAAGCAGAGUGGGCCUUUUACCCAAGAGCAGGGAUGGCAGCAUCACACCCAUAACACCAGUAGUACCCGCAUCUCCAAAAUUAGGAUGCAGAACUUUAAGAACACCAGAAAUACAAAGUACUUUCCAAGAGUCUGAUAGUUUAAAGCAUACAGUGAAAUCUCAUAAAGAAUGUUCCCUAACCAGGAGUUCUGAAGCCGAUAAUCGGAGCAUCAGCGGUAGUCGAGUAACUACUCCAAUGUUGCCCGAAGUUCUGCAAGAUGAAGUUAAACUUAUAGUCUUGUGGAGGCAAGGUAAGAGUCGAAAACUGGUGGCAGCUCCCCUAGAGCAGUUGUGCGAGAGCAAUGACCAGCUAAUAUCGUACCCAGCAGCCACAACUGAUCACGAGAGGGAGUAUGUCAUUGGCUCAGUACAAGAUGGGCUUGCUGGUCAAGUUGUGGUGCUGCACAAGACUAAAACAGCACUCUCUGACCUGGUAGGAAUACUACAGCAGGAAAAAUUGUGCUAAAACUCUUACUCUUUUAACGAUGAUUGAUUAUCUUGCGUAGGUAAUGGACUCCAGCGGGGGCAGGGGGGCUUUUUUUUUUAAUCGGUGAAUAAUUAUAGGUGGUAAGUCUGAAGGUACUGUAUGUGCUCAAAACUAAUGUUACAUUACAUUACAAAGAACAUUACUGUUGUAAAGCAACACUUACACUUGUAGCCUAAAAUAAAUUUAGCCUUUGAAGAGCACCAUUGACUAGAGUACAGUACUGGUAUGCAUCAUCUUAUCCAUUAUUCCAAGAGCAGUAAUCUUCAUGAAUGGUUUUCAUUAGUUAAGAGAAUACAGCAUUUCAAGCUUUCAUACACAACUCUUUUUGUUCAUUAGAUUUUCUUUGCUCAUUUUUUCUCAUACGGCUAAUUUCACUUUUUUGUUCCAAUAGUUGUACAUUUAAUGAGUCAAAUGAUCCAUUAUUACCAGAUACACAUUGUAGGUUUAAGUCAUUCAUUUAGCUGUCAUAUAAAUCUAAAUUCAUGCCAUACUUAAAUUAGGCCUUAACUGUAAGGCAUUGUUUAUUUAUUUCAAGCUCAAUGUGAAAGUUAAGAUGGUAAAUGGUUAUGCAACGCUUAAUAAAGUAUAUUUUAGAUUUAACUUUAAAAACAUGAUUUAUAUAAUUUCAUAAUUUUAACACAUUAUCAAAAUAGUAAUGCAUAAUAAUGUAGUGUAUGGCACAUACAGUAUUCACUUUUUUAUAUAUAAAUGUUAUACAUUUUCUUGGCAACCCAUUUGUAUUACACUUGUUAACAAAGGACUUAUGUUUAUAUAUUUUACAGCGUGUUAAUUCUUGUGAAUACUGCGUAUAGUUGGUGGCUCCAAGGAUACUGAUGAUAAACUUGAGGUUAGCCAAUUGAAGUUAUUUACAGGAGUGAUGACAAUGAAUGAUCUCUAUAUGGUAUUUGGUUUACUUAUAUUAUCGGCCUUGUAAGGAAAUAUUAGUAAACUGCAAUCUUCUCUUUAAUUAUAGUCUUAAAAUCAGUGAUAACACAGCACAACGAAAUUGCAAAACAUUACUUACCCGAGAGAAUGGGCUUGGCGCCAUCUUUUGAUAAUUACUUACUUACCCGAGAGAAUAUUGAGGCCAUGCGAGCGAACUGAGCUGACAUCCCAGGUAUAAGCAGUACCCACUGAACCAUGAUGAGCUCACUGUGGUUUAGUUAGUAGUGGAUUGUGCCUGAGCUGUCCUGGGAUGCGGGUUCAGUCCAAUUGCAUCGCCUCAUUGUCGUCAUCAGUGGUAAUAUUAUUUAUUUAUUUUUUCUACGUGGUUUUAAUAUAUAAAUUAAUAGGUUUCAGGUAACAAUGGUGCUUAUGAAAUGUGUUAAGAUAGGGAUAAUGUUCAAGAUAUUCUUGAAAAGAAAAAAACACGUGAAUAAGCAAUUAAACAUUGAACAGUAACAGCAAAACUUAGUUGCUGGUUAGAUGCACCUUUGUUUCCGUUACUUUCAUAUAGUUCGCAUUUGCCAGUAAUGGAACAUGAAAGUUAUCAACAGACUGUUGCAAGAAUACUUUACAGAAUUAUGAUCCGAAUUUGUACAAUUAAUUUACGUAAAGUUAUAUAGUAACUACUUAAAAUGUGUACGAUAUUUUAGUUUAUGAAUGAGUUACAUAAUAAAUAUCACAGAGGAUCAAAGAAGUUGAAUGGUUUUAGAUGCAGAAGUUGCAAGUAGUAAUAUAAUAGACAUUAGAUGUACGACUAGACAGUACAGUAUAUAACAUUCACGUUACAUAAGUGCCUAUUCCAGAGCUGUGUGGCUGGGGGUAAUAUUGGUGCUCCAUGGCCGAUAUCAACCACAAAUAUUCGAGUGUUAAAAUAUAUUUAAAUAAAAAUGACUCACAGUUUGAGGAAAGCUUUAUAGAGAGACUAAGGUGAAAAUUAUAUAAUGUGUUUACAAAAUAUAUGUCGAGUUAUAUUACAUGUUACACCACUGCAAUAUCUUUUAUUAAAGAUAUUAUUAUGAUGUACAGUAUGCAAGAUAUUAUUGAAGAUGUAAGAUCUGUAUGCAAGAUAUUAUUAUUAUUAUUAUUAUUAUACACAGAGAAAUCACAUUAACGUGAUAUCUCAAAGAACAAAUCCACAGGAGCUUUACACAUGUUGUAGCUCAGUCGAUUAGGCAGCGUCUGGGAUGCUCCCGGACGCAGGUUCGAAUCCUCAUCAUGGCCCUUGUGGAUUUGUUCCAAUCCACAGGAGCCUUGAUGAGGGUUCGAACCUAUGCGCUGAUUUGUUAAUAUACAGUAUAUAAGUUGCUCACUCUGUGUGAGGGCCAGCUCGGCUCUCUAUAACUCGGAGUGGUAAACAGUAUGCCAUGAACUAGAAAAACACAUUUACUAAAGCUAAUAAAUGGCAAUGUUAUUGACUUCAAUAGUUACUCAUACUUUUACUUUUUAUUACCGAAAAAUAUAUUUACUAUAUAAAGCUUUAUGCUAGAUGUUAUCACAGUGACAUCUUUUGCAGCUAUGCAUGUUAUUUGCCAAACUCUAUACUAACACAACCUAUUGUACCUUCUUGUACGUGUAUAUAUAUAUAUAUAUAUGAAAGUGCAGUGGAAGCAUUUGCUGCUUAAUUUUAUCAACAUACGCUAUGAUAGGACUGUUGACUAAUAAACAUUAUUAUAC